GAGCAGUGUGUGUAUGCGUGCGUGUGUAUGUGAAAGAAGUGAGUCCCUCUUCACCUCGUCAGCUUGCUGUACAUGGAGACUCCCAACUGGCCAGGUAGCGGAGCGUGUAAGUCCAGCACCCUAGCUGUGGUCAGGAACGUGGUGUGCAGUGGACUCCUCAGCCACCAGCUCUGCCACUUAGGACUGCCCCUUUUCCCCAGACUGGGUAACCAAGAGGCGACCAAUCCGGUGGAAGCGAUGGCCCAAUCCUACACCCCGACGCAAUUCCCCCCUCCCCCACAGAACGGAAUUCCGGGUGAGUUCGCCAGCCCCCACGCCCUGCCUUCGCAGGACUUCCCGGGACAGAGCCGGGUAGCGGAGCACGCCCUCACCCUCUACACGCCCGCACAGACACACAGCGACCCGGCAACCAGCGACAAUAACACAACAGCCCUCACCGCCAACAACAACAGCAUUCCGACAGAUGACGUGACGCAAACAGAGAGCCCCCAGCAGUUGUCGCUGCAGUCCACAGACUCGGCGGAGAAGCCUCAGCCCAAACGCCUGCACGUCUCCAACAUCCCCUUCCGGUUCCGCGACCCAGACCUCAGGCAGAUGUUUGGGCAAUUUGGGAAGAUUUUAGACGUGGAGAUCAUUUUUAAUGAAAGAGGAUCUAAGGGCUUUGGCUUUGUAACUUUUGAAACGAGCACCGAUGCUGACCGAGCUCGGGAGAAGCUCAACGGUACAAUCGUAGAGGGACGCAAGAUCGAGGUGAACAACGCUACAGCAAGAGUGAUGACAAACAAAAAAACAGCUAACCCAUAUGCCAACGGCUGGAAGCUGAACCCUGUGGUUGGAGCUGUUUACGCACCUGAGCUCUACGCAGUAACGGGCUUUCCAUAUCCAGCCUCAGGGGCAGCAGUAGCAUACAGAGGCGCUCACCUGAGAGGCAGAGGGCGGGCCGUCUACAACACCCUCCGCACAGCCCCUCCCCCUCCUCCCAUCCCUGCCUACGGCGCAGUGGUGUACCAGGACGGUUUCUACGGUGCUGAGAUUUAUGGAGGCUAUACAGCGUACAGAUAUGCCCAGCCUGCCACUGCUACUGCAUACAGUGACAGCUACGGGAGAGUCUAUGCAACUGCAGACCCCUACCACCACACGAUCGGUCCUGCCACGACAUACAGCGUGGGCACUAUGGCUAGCCUGUGCCGAGGAGCUUACAGUCGCUUCACGCCCUACUAAAGGCGUUGCCAUGGCAAAACAAGCUGCCGGUAAACGUAAAGCGAGCGAACCCCCUCGCCCCUCCCUACACUGAGCGCCGCGUGAAAACGACGUGCUUCCGGGUCGGCGCAGCGACCUCCCCAAACCACACCACUUCCUCCGUACCAUGCGUCUAAUCACACAUGUAUCCACCAGCGACUCUUUCUCUUUGUGUGCAUGUGUGUGUGUGUGUGUGUGUGUGUGUGAGUGUGUGUGUGUGAUGUAUGAUGUCCCUGGUUCUUUUUUUUUGGGGGGGGGGUGAAAGUUGUAUUAUAACUAUUAUGAAGUUGGAUUAUCACAACAGGGAGUGUGAGAAGCCUGAUACCUGCUCAGAUAAGGCUGUCCAAUCCUGAGUGCUAACGCUAAAUUAAACAGCCACACCUGACUCAUACACACCUGGUGGGUGUGUGUUCAGUGUGGAUUCUCCUGCUCCCAGCCUGGGUUUGUUCCUACAGGAUUGGUACACUGUAUUUAUUAUCACGUUACCAUAAUUUCCAAUCAUGCAUUAGUGUUGAGAAUCUCACAGUCAUUUGAUUGCGGAAAAUACAGUUUGAUGUUACAUUAGUAAAUAUUCACACCAUGCUCUAGAUAAUCGCGCGUUAAACACAGAUAAAUGUGACACUACUGCAAGUUCUUGGUAUUUAUGUUUCGGGAGACACUAACCGAUUUCCUGACCGGUCUGUGGUUUGAGCCCGGUGAGCAGAGGUACGAGGGUGCUCUGUCGUCAGGACUGCACUGUCUGCUGUCAGCCAUGAUGGGACAGUGUGGAUUUCGUAAGGUCCUUGCUGAAAAGGGUGAGCUGAACCUCUAAUGAGUCUAACUGGCCAGACAGACCCAUGGUGAGCACCCCUGCUCACGACUCAUGUACAGCCGCUUCUGAUUGGUCAGCUUUUCAGCCCUAAGACACAAAUGUCUCUUUUUUUAUAAUAGACAGUGGUUCUGCAUGUGAGGCAGAGAGUUGCACCGGGAUUGGUUCAGCCAAUCAGGAGGGGAAAAUAAUUGUUUGUAGUCUGCCAGAACCACGGUCCUCUGGGAAAUGUCUCUUAGGCCAUCACGAUCUCACCCAGCUCCACCACAGUGUCAUUUUGAGGUUUUCAACAGGAAGGCGCUGGUCUCGGUUUACCAAACGUCAUCCGAUACACUACAUCAGAAAGCAGGGUGCAUGUCCGUGGUGUACUAAUAAUUAUUCUGGGUUGAACAGAACUAUUAAACAAGUAUUUAUCCCUUAAUGGAGAAGUAGGUGAUGAAAACACAUAAGGGCAGAAAUACAGCAGCCCAGAUAUUCCCCGGUGUGACAUGUGUGUUGGAUAAUGAGUUCUAGCAUUUCAUUAGUGGCCAUCUUGGAUUUCACCCAGAGAGCAGUAACUUGGUCAGUCUUGCAUCAGUGUCAGUGACCACACAUCAGUUUCACGUCGUGUA